AUGACUGCCAUCUCCUCCGAGCUAUCUGGGGUUCAUAUUUCAACACAAGCGACAAAAUGCUGGCGGAUAACCGGAAUCCCAGAUACAUGGGAUAAAAACACCCUACUGGAUGCUUUGCAAAAGAUUGAAUCGCUCGAGAAUCUGCGUGGAUGUGUGGAACAACUCUCAUUACACCCGGAACCCGAUGUUGGUGGUGGUUCAGAGGGGAAUGAUCUCUAUCUGUGGGUAGAUUGCAACUUUUAUGGGUUCACACCAUUAAAUACACCAGGCGGAGAGGUGCUUGCAGACGUGAUAGCAGUAUCUGGUCUCGGAGGACAUGCCUUUGGAUCUUGGAAGGAUGGGGGGACCGGGAGGAUGUGGUUGAUGGACUUUCGUCCCUUCGAUAUUAAAGGAAUCAGAGUGAUGUUAUAUGGUUAUGACACUAGUCUCGAAAGGUCUACUGGAGGAUAUUCGGUGCUAGAUCAUAGCAGGGUGUUCAUGGAAGGUAUAUUACAUGUACGAAGCCUAGGAAACACAAGGAAUAGACCCAUGAUAUUCAUCGGGCACAGCUUUGGUGGUCUUCUUGUAUUGAAGACACUAUCCCGCGCGACUCGAGGUAGUCGGAUUGAAAGAAAAUCUUUUGACUCCAUGCACGCCUUGAUAUUGUUCGGAACUCCUCAUGAGGGGUUUGACACGUCUCAGUUGGAAGAAAUGGUUAAAGAAAAAUUAGGGGAAAGGAACGAAAUGUUGAAUUUGCUGCGAUACCUCAAACCGGAGUCAGAUUUCAUGGCUGUUCAUAAGGAUGAGAUGGCUCAUCUAUUGCCAAGAAUUCCAAGAAUAAUUAGUUUCUACGAAAAAAGGAACACGCCUACACUUAAGAGGCAUCCCAUAGGCAUAUACAAGAGAGAUGGUGAAGCAAAUAAAAUGGUAAACGAGAAUUCGGCCUUGUUGAACCUUCCGAAUGAACACAGAAUCCCGGUUCAAUUAGAUCACUCGAUGAUGGUCAAGUUUACGAACAACAGAGACUCUCCGUACCACUCUGUGAUUGGACACUUGCGCCAGGUCUUAAAAGAUAUCCCUCAUGUAAUUAGACGUACAAAAUUAAAACCCCAACGGUUUGAAUAUAACCAGCUAAACAAAAACCGCAACGCCUAUACCCAUCCAGGCCCCCAAAAUAUUCCUACCAACUAUCAAAUUCCAUUUGAACUUGCCUACCAGUGGUUUCAAAACCUCCGCUUCACCGGCCGUAAAAACCUCCUCGAAGCCCUUACCAGCACUAUUGCCACCAAGAAUCCCCCCAAACGGCAAGCCACGGUUAUCUAUGGCACCGGUGGGGUCGGAAAGACCGAGAUAGCUCUCCAAUAUGUAUACAAAAACCACUCUUCUUACACAUCUGUAUUCUGGGUCAACGCCACUAGUCUCGCGACCACCAACCACAGCUUUGGGAGCAUACUACAGCGAAUAGUUCAGCAUUACGCCAUGAACCAGAGUACCACCUCCCUUGAUUAUCUCCAAAUCGCCCAGUCCCUUGGUAUACCCGAAGGCUUAGACUCGGAUGGAAAGUUGUGCGCGGAUGUUGAGACAGUUAAUAAUGCAGUGAAGCGUUGGUUCUGCAAACAAGAGAACACGGGAUGGUUAUUGGUUUUUGAUAAUGUUGAUGAUUUAGAGUCAUUUAAGGUUUCGUUUUUCAUCCCUACGUGCAACCACGGAACAGUUAUUAUGACAAGCAGAAGACCCGAAUGUGUAGACCUUGGGGCUGGAUCAGGAAUACCAGUUGAAGAGAUGGAGGAGGCUGACGGAAUCGAGUUGCUACUAAAGUGUACAAAAAAGCUAUGGUGGUCGCAGAAAUUGCAAAAAAAUUGGGAUAUCUACCUCUUGCUAUCUACCAAGCUGGUGCAUAUAUUUGCGCUCAAAAACUAUCGCUGCGGAGAAGAUAGUAUGGAUGAGGAGACUUUGGAUGGGUGCCGACAAAGUCUUUUUUCGUACUCUUUAGCCAGUCAAAAGGGCCUAGACGAGUGUUUUUACAUCCAUCCACUGAUUCACCGGUGGGCCCGCAAGCGUAUGAGUCAGGAGCAGUUGGAAGAGAUGGCCGAUUCAGCUCUCUUAUUGGUCUGUCGCGCUCUUAAAUCUAUGGAUGAAAGGUACAAUAAAGAUGUACGCAAAAACUAUCGACUACAAUUCAUAAAACGCAUUAUAGCACAUAUCGAAAUAGUUACAAUGCACGCUCAAGAUUGCUUAGACACACUACACAACAGAUUAGGCCCGCAAUGUGGGACAGAUGAUUUUAUGGCGUUGGUAUCACAUCUAGAAUCUGCACACUGCGCGGUAGCACGUUAUAAAGAUAGCGAGAGACUGGGUGUAAAACUUUUGGCAGGGAGGGAGAGGCUCCUUGGUGCGGAUCAUGUAGACACUCUCGGAUCCAUGAAUGAUCUGGCGGGGACCUACUACAAGCAGGGACGUCUGAAAGAGGCCGAAGAGCUGUAUCUGAAGUCUUUGGCUGGUAUGGAGAGGCUCCUUGGUACGGACCAUGUACACACUCUCACAUUCAUGAAUAAUCUGGCGAGGACCUACCGCAAGCAGGGACGUCUGAAAGAGGCUAAAGACCUAAAGCCGGUGAUCUUAUCCCGUAAAUCUAGGGACGCUCAUUGA